AAUACUAUUUAAAAUUAAAGGGUUGGUAUCUUUCUAUAUCUUGGUAUUUUUAUAUUCAAUUAAGUUUUUUGUCUACAUAGGCUCUUUAUCUAUAUUCACCGGGCCACUAUUUUGUAUUCCAAUAGCUAUGCUGGUAGACAUGCAUUGUUCUCAUCAGGGCUCAGAUGGUCAAUUUAUAAGGCCAAACUUUAUUUUAAAAUGUGUCACCUUUCUUGCCCUGACCUCCCAUACUAUUGAAGCUCUUUGAUAACGAAUUUGCUGGUGGGAGGUUUCUAAGCAGUAGGGUUGUUGACCAUCAAGUUUGAAUACAUUUGGGUGUCAAUUCUAUAAAUUGGCAAUAUUAUCUAUUAAAAUGAGGAUUGUAUCAUGUUAUUUUUUAACGUAAUAUACAAGCGAUCUGUUAGACUCUGCCUACAUCAAAUCACAUCUUUUAGAUUUAAGUACAUAGCGAUGAAUGAGGUAUAUUUUCGACAUAUUGGUGAUUCUGAUAGGUUUGAAGUGACGUUUAAGAUUUCUCAUAAAAACGUCAAUAGACAAUUUAAUUUCAAUAGAUUAUUAAGUGAAAGCAUUGGGGAUUUUGUAGCUCGAGUACGAACUAAUGUUGAGAAAGUUUUAAAUCCUAAAGUUAAAAAAAAGAAAAUAGAUGCAGAAGAAGCAGCACAGUUAAUGGAAGUUAAAUUAAUUCAAGAUGGAGAAGAAAUUGAUAGCACUCUACAAUGUAAAACUGUUUUUUUCGAUGGUGGAAAGAAUCUUUUAUUGAAUAUUGUAGGUGAUACCUACAAAGUUAUUGUUAAUCCUCCUUGGGUAGGGUCUCUUUCCCUUCCUCAAAGUUUGAUGGUGGGAUCCUAUUGUUAUCCCAGUAAACUUGAAAUUAUUUUUGGUGAUCCAAAAAAUUCAAUCUUUGAGUGGUACAAAUGUGAGAGAAACAGUUCUCAGUGGGUUGAAAUAAAAAAAUCGACUAAACUUUUAUAUUUAUCUGAAGAAUAUUUACACUGUAAGUUAAAAUUAAGGUGUAUUCCUAGUGAUGGGAAAAUAUAUGGACCUGAAGUGGAAGUAUCGACAAAUGCUGUAAUUAAAGAAGGCCCUAAUGAUUGCCCUUUUGUUGCAAGACAAGCUUUUACCAAGGAACCUUUGCCAGAUGGAAGUUUUAGGGUCAUUUCUUACAAUAUUUUGGCAGAAGUUUAUGCAGAAACAGUUACAGCUAAACAAGAACUUUUCCCUUACUGUCCUCCUUUUGCUCUGAAUAUUGAUUACAGAAAGCAGUUGUAUAUACGAGAGAUUUUAGGUUACAAUGCAGAUAUAAUAUGUUUACAAGAAGUGGAUGCACGAAUUUUUAAGAAUGACCUUUGUCCAGUUUUGGAAGAGAUAGGUUAUCAAGGAGUUCUCACCAGGAAAAGUGGCACAGUAGCUGAAGGAAUAGCAACAUUUUUCGCCAAAAGAAAAUUUAGGUUAGCUGACGUAAAAGAACUUUCAUUUGGUGAUGCAAUUGAUAAAGAUCCCAUUUUUGAGAAUAUUUGGAAUUCUAUAAAAAAUAAUGAACCAGUUGUAAAUAACUUGAAAGAAAGGACAACGGUUUUCCAUGCUUUGAUAUUAGAAAAUGGAGACAAAACUUUUGUUGUUGGAAACACUCACCUAUUCUUCUUUCCUUCAGCUGAUCACAUAAGACUUCUCCAAGGAGGAAUGGCCAGUAUAUACUUGGAAAAUAUAGUAAAAAAUUUACAAAGCCUAGGAAAGAACACAUGCUUAAUAUUCUGUGGUGAUAUGAACAGUACCCCUGAUUGUGGUCUAUAUUCUCUAAUGACUAAGAAAAUAGCACCUGCUAGCUUACCGGAUUGGAAGUCUGAUAAAACUGAAAUUGUGGAAGGGUUUGAUAUCACUCAACCAUUUGAGAUGAAAAGUGCCUAUGGCGAGCCAAAAUUUACAAAUUAUACUGUUGGCUUUUCUGGGUGCUUAGAUUAUAUUUACUAUCAAUCCGAUAAAUUGAAACUUUGCCAGACUGUACCUUUACCCACAGAAGAUGAAGUUAAGGCUCACACAGCCCUUCCAAGCCCUUUAUUUCCUUCAGAUCAUGUUGCUCUCAUUGCAGAUUUUGAGUUGAUUCAAAAUAAAUAAUUAUCCAAAGCUAAUAAUCUUUAAGGAUUUGCAUUUACAUUUUCUAUUGUAGUAUUUUGGUCAACAUCAUGCUGUAUUUGUUCAAUCAUGUGAAUGCUGAUGUCCACUGUUGUUACAAAUAAUAAAUACAGUUGUGCAUUUCAAUAACGAAAUAAAUUAUUGAGAUGCCAGAGAUUUUUUUUUUCUUCAUGUGUACUUAUACUCUUCAGUUUGUGAACAGAGGAAAAUGUGUAUUUCCACUUCCAAAAAUGUAACUUAUUAUGAUACAUCUAAUAAAUAAGAAUUCUGAAUUUAAAAUAAUUUUGAA